AGAGAGGAGAGGGACGGGAGGAGGGGGCUGGGUGGGGUGGGGGUGACAGGCAGAGAGGAGCCUGGUCAACAAGCCAGCAGCACUCUGCUAGGAGGCCGAGGCCGGCUCCUGCAGCCGACGCAGCCAGUGUGGAGACACAUAGAUUGCUUUCUUGGGGGCUCUUUGUCAGCCACCAACACAGAGAACACACACUGACACACACGUACACAAAGAUCUGAGCCGGGUUGUGGGAGGUAAGUGGGGGAAGGAGAAGGAGGGGGAAACAGUGUCUGCGGUGGGCUUUGGGGUGGAGGGGAGGGGGGGAUGGGCCCUGAGGGGCUCUGGGUGCUUGUGAGGUGAGCAUUUCCAAGACUGUGUGCUUGUGUGGUCGGGGGCGACACACGAUGACCUUCCCCUGCGCACGAAGACCUAACAGGGAAAAGCCACCCCCAGCGAGAUCCCCCCUGUGCUGAUGAUUUUCAGGGACUUGUUGGCAACUCAGCGAGGGUUGCCAUAGCUUUUUUAUGUAGGGUGACCAGAACCGGCUGAAACUGGUUUGAGGCAGAUCAGCUCCUGAACACAAUGCAGUCACUGAGCUACUACAGUGGGAUAGCAGCUUCCUCCCUUCAUGGCAGCCAAAAGCAGAGGAGCUUGCAGGAAGGUACCAUCCCAACACAGUAUGUGAACGCACACUUAGACACCACACAGCACUGGUACGUGACUAAUGGAGCCCUAAAAGAUUCUGUGUAGAGAAGAUGGAAAGAAAUGUGCAGGUUUGCAAGGUCUGAGAUUACUUGGGCUUUUCCUGCCUUUUUCUUUUGCUUAAAGGAUGGACAAGGAGCUGAGAUUUAUGACCCUUAUUAAAGAAAACAAUGUGCCUUGCUAGGGUGGGGACACUUCGUUUAUGCAGUCUCUCUUUCUCUCUCUCUCUGUUUUUAAGAAAACAAAACCAAAAUGAACUGAUGGCUUUGUGAUGGUAGUUUGUUUGUUGCUGGAGAAUGCUACUUUGCAUGCUUUUUUUCUCUUUCAGGGUAUGUUCUGUUUUGUGCUUUUCCUUUUAGAAGCUACUAAAGGGUGUUGGGGAUACUUCUGACUAUUAUGAAGGCCAAAAGGCCUGUUGACUGGGGCUGCUCUUAACCCUUUCAUAUUUGCAGAGAAUGCAACCGUGUGACAGUAACUGAACAUUGGUCCAAAGUCUUUCCAAAAGGUCAAGGUUCACAAGAACAUCUGAUCAAAUUCAUGACCAUGGGGGAUAUGAAGACCCCGGACUUUGAUGACCUCCUGGCAGCAUUUGACAUCCCAGAUAUGGUCGAUCCCAAAGCAGCUAUUGAGUCUGGACACGAUGACCAGGAAAGCCACAUCAAGCAGAACGCUCAUGGAGAUGACGACUCCCACACACCAUCCUCUUCUGACGUUGGCGUCAGUGUUAUUGUGAAGAAUGUUCGGAACAUUGAUUCCUCCGAGGGCACAGAGAAAGAUGGCCACAAUCCCACAGGCAAUGGCUUACAUAAUGGGUUUCUCACAGCGUCUUCUCUUGACAGUUAUAGUAAAGAUGGAUCGAAGUCCUUGAAAGGAGAUGUGCCUACCUCAGAGGUGACUUUAAAAGACUCAACUUUCAGCCAGUUUAGCCCCAUUUCAAGUGCUGAGGAGUUUGAUGACGAUGAGAAGAUAGAGGUGGAUGACCCCCCUGAUAAAGAGGACUUGCGUUCAAGUUUUAGAUCGAAUGUGUUGACGGGGUCAGUGCCCCAACAGGACUAUGAGAAACUAAAAGCACUUGGAGGGGAAAAUUUAAGCAAAACUGGAAUCUCUACUUCAGGCAAUAUAGAUAAAAGCAAAGUUGUGAAGAGAGAAACAGAAACAAAUUCUAUAAAUCUGAGUGUUUAUGAACCUUUUAAAGUCAGAAAAGUGGAGGAUAAAUUGAAGGAAAACUCUGAAAAGGUGCUUGAAAACAGGGUCCACGAGGGGAAGCUGAGCUCCGAGAAGAAUGACACCACCCUUGGUGGGGUCGCGCCAUCAAGGACAAAGCCAUCCUCCAAGCUUUCCUCAUGUAUAGCUGCCAUUGCAGCACUGAGUGCUAAAAAGGCUGCUUCAGACUCCUGUAAAGACCCGGUGACCAAUUCACGGGAAUCCUCUCCGUUACCAAAAGAAGUAAAUGAUAGUCCUAGAGCCAUUGAGAAGUCUCCUGAAUCCCAGAGUCUCAUCGAUGGGACGAAAAAAGCAUCCCUGAAGCAGCCAGAUAGUCCCAGGAGCAUUUCAAGUGAAAACAGUAGCAAGGGAUCGCCGUCCUCUCCCGCAGGAUCAACACCAGCAAUUCCCAAAGUCCGCAUAAAAACCAUUAAGACGUCUUCUGGGGAAAUAAAGAGAACCGUGACAAGGGUAUUGCCAGAAGUUGAUCUUGACUCUGGGAAAAAGCCUUCUGAGCAGACGGGGUCCAUGAUGGCGUCUGUGACGUCACUUCUGUCGUCUCCAACGUCGGCUGCCGUCCUUUCCUCCCCACCUAGAGCGCCCCUCCAGUCGGCGGUCGUCACCAACGCAGUUGCCCCUGCAGAGCUGACCCCCAAACAGGUGACCAUCAAGCCUGUGGCAACUGCCUUCCUCCCAGUGUCGGCCGUGAAGACGGCGGGAUCUCAAGUCAUUAAUUUGAAGCUCGCUAACAACACGACGGUCAAAGCCACGGUCAUAUCUGCUGCCUCUGUGCAGAGUGCCAGCAGUGCCAUCAUUAAAGCUGCCAACGCCAUCCAGCAGCAAACUGUCGUGGUGCCGGCAUCCAGCCUGGCCAAUGCCAAACUCGUGCCAAAGACUGUGCACCUCGCCAACCUUAACCUUCUGCCUCAGGGCGCCCAGGCCACCUCUGAGCUCCGCCAAGUGCUAACCAAACCUCAGCAGCAAAUAAAGCAGGCAAUAAUCAAUGCAGCAGCCUCACAACCACCCAAAAAGGUGUCUCGAGUCCAGGUGGUGUCCUCCUUGCAGAGUUCUGUGGUGGAAGCUUUCAACAAGGUGCUGAGUAGCGUCAACCCAGUCCCAGUUUACAUCCCCAACCUCAGUCCCCCUGCCAACGCGGGCAUCACGUUACCGACCCGCGGGUACAAGUGCUUGGAGUGCGGCGACUCCUUCGCUCUGGAGAAGAGCCUGACUCAACACUACGACAGACGCAGCGUGCGCAUUGAAGUAACGUGCAACCACUGUACCAAGAACCUCGUUUUUUACAACAAAUGCAGUCUCCUUUCCCACGCCCGUGGGCACAAGGAAAAGGGAGUCGUGAUGCAGUGCUCCCACUUGAUUUUAAAGCCAGUCCCAGCAGAUCAAAUGAUUGUUUCUCCGUCAAGCAAUACUUCGGCUUCAUCUUCCGCUCUUCCGAGCUCUGUGGGAGCCAGCACACACACUGUCACAAAAAUUCAGUCUGGCAUAACGGGGACAGUCAUAUCGGCUCCUUCCAGCACACCCAUCAUUCCAGCUAUGCCUCUAGAUGAAGACCCAUCCAAGCUCUGCAGGCAUAGUCUGAAAUGUUUGGAGUGUAAUGAAGUUUUCCAGGAUGAGACGUCACUGGCUACUCAUUUCCAGCAGGCUGCAGACACGAGUGGACAAAAGACUUGCACCAUCUGCCAGAUGCUGCUUCCCAACCAGUGCAGUUACGCAUCCCACCAGAGAAUCCAUCAGCACAAAUCUCCCUACACCUGCCCUGAGUGCGGGGCCAUCUGCAGGUCGGUGCACUUCCAGACCCACGUCACCAAGAACUGUCUGCACUACACGAGGAGAGUUGGGUUUCGAUGCGUCCAUUGCAACGUUGUGUACUCUGACGUGGCCGCGCUGAAGUCUCACAUUCAAGGCUCUCACUGUGAAGUCUUCUACAAGUGUCCUAUUUGUCCAAUGGCGUUUAAAUCUGCCCCAAGUACACAUUCCCAUGCCUACACACAGCAUCCUGGCAUCAAGAUAGGAGAACCAAAAAUAAUAUAUAAGUGUUCCAUGUGCGACACUGUAUUUACUCUGCAAACCCUGCUGUAUCGCCACUUUGACCAACACAUCGAAAACCAGAAGGUGUCUGUUUUCAAGUGUCCAGACUGUUCUCUUUUAUAUGCACAGAAGCAACUCAUGAUGGACCAUAUCAAGUCUAUGCAUGGAACAUUGAAGAGUAUUGAAGGGCCUCCAAACUUGGGUAUAAACUUGCCUUUGAGCAUUAAGCCCACAACUCAAAAUUCAGCAAAUCAGAACAAAGAGGACACCAGAUCCAUGAACGGGAAAGAGAAAUUGGAAAAGAAAUCUCCGUCUCCUGUGAAAAAAUCACUGGAACCCAAGAAAGUGGCCAGCCCUGGGUGGACGUGUUGGGAGUGUGACCGCCUCUUCACACAGAGAGAUGUUUACAUUUCCCACGUGAGGAAGGAGCACGGAAAGAUAACCCUCCUGCCACCACUUCACAAAAACUCAACAAGCCACAACCCUCUGAUGCCCAGUUCCACAGGCAAACUGCAGGUCUUUUUCAAGCAAAUGAAGAAGCACCCUUGCCGCCAGUGUGACAAAUCCUUCAGCUCCUCUCACAGCCUGUGCCGUCACAACCGGAUCAAGCACAAAGGCAUCAGGCACUGCCCCGACUCCCGGCGUACCUUUACGAAACGGUUGAUGCUGGAGAAGCAUAUCCAACUCAUGCACGGUAUUAAGGACCCGGACUUGAAAGAAAUGGCAGAAGCCGCCAACGAGGAGGAGACCGAAAUAAAAGAAGAUACCAAGGUUCCCAGUCCCAAGCGGAAGUUGGAAGAACCAGUUUUGGAGUUCAGACCUCCCAGAGGAGCAAUUACUCAGCCACUGAAAAAGCUAAAGAUAAACGUUUUCAAGGUUCACAAGUGUGCUGUGUGUGGCUUCACCACCGAAAAUCUGCUGCAGUUCCACGAACACAUCCCUCAGCACAAGUCGGACGGCUCCUCCCACCAGUGCCGCGAGUGCGGCCUCUGCUACACGUCGCACGUCUCCCUGUCCAGGCACCUCUUCAUCGUGCACAAGCUGAAGGAGCCGCAGCCGGUGUCCAAGCAGAACGGGGCCGGAGAGGACAGUCAGCAGGAGAACAAGCCCAGCCACGAGGACGACGCGGCCGACGGCGCAGCGUCAGACAGAAAGUGCAAAGUGUGCGCCAAAACGUUCGAAACGGAAGCUGCCUUAAAUGCUCACAUGCGGACACACGGCAUGGCCUUCAUCAAAUCCAAAAGAGUGAGCUCAGCUGAGAAAUAGCCACGGACCUCCCCACGGAGAACCCCUGUCCACAUUGGAAUAAAAAGGACAUUUUUGUUACAAAAAGUCUGCAGAAUAAUCGAGUUAACAGUCCUGUCUAGGCUGUUGCAAUAUACUCUCCUUCAGUGUACCUUCACCUCGUCGUGUAUAUCCUCGAUAAGUAUUAAAACAGUAUUUGAGUUUAAAAGAGUUUGUAUAUAUUUAAAUGAAUAACUUUUUAUACUCUUUGUUACAUGUUUGUAUCAGUAUUUAGUGGAAAAUGUUUUUUUUUUUUUUUCUUUCCAGGUUAGAAUUUUUCUUUUUGUACUGUUUCUUUAAAACAGAGUUCUUAGUUACAGGGGCAGUUCCUGAAUUCAAAUAAACCAUUUUGUAUGUUACAGAUUUGAAUGGGUUAACUAAUUACAGGCUAAGAUAAUGCCUUUUUUAGUGUUUUUAAUUUUUAGAAUUCACUACAUAAAUUGUAGGUGAUUGUGGGUCUCAAAACACUAGGGACUUUUAAGUGUCUUAGCACCAUCCUCAACGUGCCUGCUCUAAGUCUGGGGGUGCGCGUUUCUGACGUGACCGCACUCUGCGUGUGGCAUUUUUUCCAGGCCACACCAAACAGUGUUUAAAGCAGCCUUGCAGGUAGCUUCUUUCCCGGUGGUGGAUAAAAACUUAGGCCAGAAAUCCAGCAAGGAAUGUGGAUUUCCUUAAUUCCAUCUUCGAACGGGAGGAAGGGUAUUAUUCUAAAGGGAAAAAACGGGGGCUGGCGGUUUUCUCAGCAAAUUUGCAAGGCUAGCUUAUAGAGCACAAGGAGAUAAAGUUACGAAAGGGCUGGACUACUGUAAAAGUUACAAAUAUAUAGUUAGAUCAAUAGGUUUAUAUAGUCAAGUUUUUGUCAUGUAAUUUAUUAACUGUUACAAAGACACAACUAAAGAUAUCAAGUAUUUCUCUGGCUCUUGACAGGAAAAAAAAAAAUCACAGUUGACUUAACCCUUUGCUGUCUAAAGAGUUGGCGUUUCCUUUUCUGGGUGCUACUGCCAAACGUUCUGGUACUUAGAGUUGGGAUGCACAACUUCAACCACCGACUUAUCGAUGCAGCUGCCUGCGCAUCGCGAUUGGCCGUUCAAUUAAGCACUGAGCCACCUGGGUUUAGUUCGGUCAUUUCAAUAAGUAUCUUUCAUAUCGGUAGUUCUGCUUUAUUGAAGUGCAGCAGAGGUACUCUUCUGUCCCUUCCGUUUAUAGUUCUCUGGGAGAGUUAUAUUUUUUGGGUUUCGUUUUGUGUUUUCUUUUGCAUUUUAUAUCUUGUAUUUAUCCCUGAACAUGUUUUGUACUUUUUUUUUUUUUAAAGAAAAGAAAUUCUUUUGUGUAUAUAUAGAUACUUGCAUGAUAUACUGUAGUCAACGUUCGGUUCCUCAAAAGGUCUUGCUGCUGUCAGGUGUGGUGCACUACAUCCAUCAUAACUGUAUUAAACACAUUUCAUAUGUAAAUAAACGUGGGACAUUUGGCCCUUGUGCUUCUGUGAGAGAGUUAUUGAUGGUGGGUCUCUGACGUUUUCAUGAAGUUUAGGAAGUGAUUAAUCACAGGGACAGGCUACAGGAUAUUGCAAAAUUCUUCCCACUCAGAAGAAGGGCAUAUUCGUUCUCAUUAGCAAUUGGCGGUUUUGUCACAUUCUUGUUGACUCCUAUCAGUCCAUCGGUAUAAUCCGAGGGCGUGAUUAAGUGUUCCUCAACUUGAAAUUCAGUUUCUGUUACUUGUUAUAUUUAUACUUGUAUUUCCCUAAGUUGUAUUCAUAGCACUUUCCUAUGUUUCUGCAUUUGAACCUUGCAAUAAACCUGUGCGGUGGGCUGCAGGUCUUAAUAGCCUAGUUCUACAGUUGAGGAAGCUGAGCUCAGAUACGUUCUUUGCCUCAGCCCUCAUAGCUGGGAAGUGGCUUUGCAUCUUAGAACCCAGAUAUUCUUGCUCUCAACCCAGUGCUCGCCUGUGUGUUCAUGUACAUAUUGACAAAUACUCACUUAUUCAACAAAUAAAAUGUAUGUGCAAAACACGA